UAUCCAUAUUUUUGAACGGGGGAAAGUAACACGGCGUGGAGAUGGCGAGCCACUUAUAUAAGAACUUAACUAAACUGCCUACGCGCAAUAUAAUCACUCGGUGUGUUGUUUUUGUUGGGCAGACUUAAAAAAGGAAUAAAAAUGAAAGUUGUUUUGGUUACAUUGGCAGUUAUCGCUGUAGCUGCAGCUUACCCUCAAAAAGAAGGCGGUGCCUACACUAACGAAGCCAUCAGACAAGCCCAGCAAACUUUCUUGAUUCCCAAAGAUGCCCAAAUUCAAAAAGUACAAGAAGGUAUUGAAAUUGGAGCUUACGAGAGCAUACCCGGCGACCAGAAGAUCAAUCUAUUCGAAAUUCUUGGCGAUCAAUUUCCUCCAGAAGUAGUCAACAACCUUCAGGGCCAAAUUGACCAAGUAGGGAAAAACUGAACCUGAAAAGUUGUACAACACAAAAUGUUCUUUCGCUGUGAUCAUAUUCCUUCUCUUUACCUCUGUAUCUUUAUUAUCAGUGUCACCUAAACAUUCCUUUAUUUCUUAAUGAUCAAACUAUCUAGGUUUUCUUUUAACCUGGGCUACUUACUUGAAAUGACCUCUACUUUCACAUGUCGUGUGUAUAGUGGAUAUUUUUUGAAUGUACAUAAAUUUCGUCAUGUUUUAUUUCCAACUGUCUCGGUUGUGCUUAUCUGCAAUCCUGUAAUUUUCAUUGCACUUUUCUUUUAUAAAAAUGUCAUGACCUGUUGAUAUUCUUCCUCAAAUUGUGCCAACUAUCAAUGUCUUCAAAUUUAGACUUAUCUUUUGUAGAUGUAUUGUAAAUAAACCUAUUUUUUUAAAUA